AUGAUUGAUCAAAGUAUGUUAGAAGUAAUACCAAAUCAUUUACAAAAUCUUUCAACUAUUGAUAAUGCAUUAACUGAAAAAAUAUUUAGAACUGCAUAUUUUAUAGUCAAAAAUCAAAGGCCAUAUAGACAUAUAGUAUAUACUGAUAUGCCCAAACUUGUAGACCUUCAUGUAAAUAAUGGUUUGGAAAUGAGUCGCAUUUUGCAGACUGAUAAUUCAUGUAGUAACAUAGUAGACCAUAUACCUUCAGAAAUGCGGAAAAAAAUUUGCAAAGAUAUAGUAGAUAACAGAAGAAAAUUAUGUAUAAUUGUGGACGAAUCUACUACAAUCUAUGCUGGUAAUUUGUUUAAGAGCUGCUAUCGCUCACGAAGAAGAUAA